CUCGGUAUCUCGCUCUCUGAUAGUUAACCUCUGCCAGCGACUUGUGUGUGGUAUUUGCUUUCUUUUUCAGUAUUUUAACUCCUGUAUCAGGCAAUUAAGCAAGGUUGAUCUUGAUAAACUUGAGCGCAGAGGCGUCCUCGACAUGUCGACAUUCCGGAUACCGGCCGAGGCACUGGACGAUGUCUCCAAUGACGCCCGUCGACUAGACGAAGAGUCUUCGUCCGGGGAUGAGGACGAGGACGACACUUGGGAAGACUGGGUGGAAGGCUCUAUGGAAAAGCAGCCUUGCAAGUCGUUAUUCGACGAUGCCACACUUCCUUCCGUCGCGGAGGCAUUAGAGCACGACAGGAAGACUCACGGCUUUGAUCUGAGCGGGGUGUAUUCACGAUUGGCCCUGGAUACACAUCAGCGGAUACGCUUGAUAAACUGGAUUCGCAAGGAGGCAAGUAAUAACCGCAUCCGGACCCCAUCCCCCGCGAAUGUCAAGGUAUUAACAGGCAAGGAGGACUUCCUGCGUGAAGACAAAUAUCUAAUACCAGUGAUCGAAGAUGACCCUCUAUUGCGUGAGCCCGGCCUGGACGACUGGUCGGAUGAUGAGGAGAUCGUAAAUGACCAGCAAGCACCUUCUGACCUCUCGCAGGCAAUGCGUAAGAUUCGCGCGCUCGAAAAUGCUCUACACAAAUCCCAACAAGACUUGGCCGACUAUCGCUCGUUUGUCGGUGACCGCUUAAACCUGGCGGGCCUCGCAGAAGCUCUUCAGGAGUCAACUGCGUCGCCAUCGACAGAAGCUCAGCCAGCUCGUGAUGAUGACUCGCAUUACUUCCAGAGUUAUGACGAGAACGAUAUCCACGCCGUCAUGAUCAAGGAUAAGGUCCGGACAGCAACCUACGCUUCCUUCAUCCUUAGGACGCCAGAUCUCUUCCGCGACGCGGUUGUCCUUGACAUCGGCUGUGGGACUGGUAUUCUGUCACUCCUCGCCGCACGCGCAGGUGCGAAGCGUGUUUUCGCUGUCGAUGCAAGUGACAUUGCCGAGAGGGCAGAGCAAAUUGUGAAAGCUAACGGCUUGGGCCAUGUCAUUACCGUCAUCCGCGGCAAGGUCGAGAACAUCCAGCUUCCAGAUAAUGUGCAGCAGGUCGACAUCAUUGUUUCUGAGUGGAUGGGCUACGCCCUGCUGUACGAGUCCAUGCUGGACUCGGUGCUACACGCUCGAGAUCGCUUCCUCAGGCCUGGAGGUGUCAUGGCGCCCAGCGAGUCGCGCAUGAUGCUCGGUCUGUGUGAAGCGGGAGAUAUCUUCAAAGAUCGCAUCGAUUUCUGGAGUGAUAUCUACGGUUUUGAUCUGUCGGCAAUGACGAAUGAUGUUUAUGAGGACGCGAUCGUUGACAUUGUGGGCCCGGAGACGCUCGUCAGCGAGCCUGUGAGCGUGAAGGAUCUCUUCCUCCGCGAUGUGACCGCGCGGCAGCUUGAGUUUACGUCGCCGUUCAGGCUCGUCGCCACAUGCGACCAGCGCCAGAAGGUCCACGCGCUCGUGCUCUACUUCGACACGUUCUUUACCGAGGACGGUGGCCCCGUGCCCGAGGGCACCGAAGUGCACAUCGUGGGCGAGGGCGAUUCGAUCCUCGCAGAAGUCUGGCAGGGUCUCAAGCCGCACGUUCCGAAGGUCAGGAGCUUCAGCACGGGUCCGCUAUCUGUCCCGACACACUGGAAGCAGACGCUGUUCCUGCUCCGGGAACCAAUUGUCGUUGAAGAAGGCACCAUCGUCGAGGGUGUCUUCAAGUGCCACAAGAGCGAGGACAAUAUGCGGGAGCUCGACGUCGAGAUCCACUAUCGUGUCACGCCUACCGGCGAGAACGAGAAGCCAAGCGAAGUCAUCGUUCAGACUUUCAAGGUUCGGUAGACGACCGUUGAUUUCAUACAAAGGAGGAUGUACCUGUAUUGUUAUCAUUGAAUAUCUAUCAAUAUCCGAUC